CAAAAGAUGCUGCGUCCUUCAGCUGAAGCUAAGGCCGUUACAUCCUGGCGACUAGCACCGCACCCCACCACCACCUGCCCAUUCAGCCAUGGCCUUCAGCUCUGAGUUCGCCUGCAUCUACGCCGUGCUUAUCCUGCAUGACGACGAAGUCACCGUCACGGAGGACAAAAUUAAUGCACUUAUUAAAACAGCUGGAGUAAAUGUUGAACCUUUCUGGCCGGGCCUGUUCGCCAAGGCUCUAGCUAACAUUGACAUUGGAAGCUUGAUCUGUAAUGUAGGAGCUGGUGGUGCUCCAGCUGCUGCUGCUCCUUCAGGGAGUUCUGCGCCUGAUGGUGGGGCUGCCCCUGCUGAGGAGAAAAAAGAAAGAAGAAUCUGAGGAAUCUGAUGAUAACAUGGGCUUUGGUCUCUUUGACUAAACUGA